AUGGAGAAUGCUGGUACAAGUUUGAAAUUAGAAAAUUCUUUAUGCAAUUUAUUACAAUCAACAAGCAAUGAUAAUCAUCGAGUAAAAAGCGGAUAUGAAGAAAAAAAUUCGGCUACAAAUUAUAAUGAUUUAUCAAAUAGAAAUGAUGAAAAUAAUGUGCAAAUCGUUGGAUACGAAAAUGAAAAUCAAAUGGCCGAUAUUAUGGGAUUAAUUACGAAGGAAUUAAGCGAACCUUAUUCUAUAUAUACUUUUCGAUAUUUUAUACAUGAUUGGCCUCGAUUAUGUUUAUUAGAAAGGCUAAAAGUUUGCAUAUUUACUUGCAUUUUUGCGAAUAUAUUUAAUGAAAAUUUCUUCGGAAAGGCUCUGGAUAUACGCAAAAAUGAGUACGUUGGCGCCAUUGUAUGUAAAUUGGAAAAAAAUAGGGAAAAUCGUCGCAAGGGUUAUAUCGCAAUGCUAGCAGUGAAUGAAUCUCAUAGGCAACUUGGAAUAGGUACACGACUUGUGCAGAAUGCUAUUUCCAAUAUGCGGGAAAUUGGCUGUGAUGAAGUGAUUCUGGAGACAGAAGUAACAAAUACGAAGGCAAUCCGAUUAUAUACAAAUCUUGGCUUUAUUCGCGAAAAACGCCUUUUUCGCUAUUAUUUGAAUGGUGGUGACGCAUUUCGCUUGAAACUUUUUUUCACAUCACCAGCAACAAUUGUCGACCCUACCUUUCAUAUGUCGAACCGCGAAUCAUAA